CUUUACGAUGAUAUUUGCCACGGAGCUGCCAUUCCGGGCUCUCAAUUUUGGAUCGCAGAAGGCCUUCAGGGCCGAGGCAACUUCACAUGCCCAGCAUCUGGGGACGUUGAAGUGUCCUUUUCAGGGAGCUCAUGGUCUCAGACAGACAAUUCAGAAGGGAUCGCGUGUUCGUGCCGGAAGAAAGAUCGUAGCACAAGCGUUUUUCAAAUUCAAUAAGGCACCGAAGAGCGUUGUUCUGGAGACAGUCGUUCCAAAACCUUCAUACAACAUCCCCCUUGUUCUGGCAGGCAUCACGGGCUUGUCGGCUUUUGAGGGCAAUCUCGCGCUGGCUGGUCUGACAGGCAUCCUGGGUGCCUUCCUCGCAAUCCAGGCUUCGCGCGUGAAGUUCAUCUUCAGGGGAGAUGAGCUAGAGGUAGCGCUCGGGGAAACGCAGAAGGAAACUGAGAAUGCUUUUGUGGGCGGAGCAAAUGUUUGGAAGUACAGCACCUUCACCAACUGGGAGUUCUGGUGGCCUGGCUUCCCAGUGCUCGUCUACUUCAAGGAGACGCAGACGAAGCCGGAGGGCCAGAUACACUUCUUUCCCAUCAUCUUCGAUGCCAAGAAACUCUACAGCACCAUGGUGGAGCGCUGUGGGCCCUCACAGAACAGCGGCCCAGAGUAGUGAGGAUCUCACGCUAGACUGAGGAAAGGAGCUGCCGCAUUGGCAUGCCCGAUAGCUUGAUGCAGACCUGUUACUUGAUGCUCUUUGGCGUUGCAGCCAGCUUGGAGGUUCUUGCUGCAUGCAGCCUCAAAAUUGACGAUUAGGGCAAGCUUGGCUGCCUUGCCCUGACAGGCAGACCCGUGAGCACAGCCUGAGUACUGCCGCCGAAGAGAGAUGGUACAGUAUUGCAGAUCUAACUACGCUCGGUGUAACAGUUAAACAAUCUCGAUCGGGC